CGCCAUGAUGUUCAUUCGGCGCGAAACGAGGUAACGACGUGGUCAUGAAAGGAAACAGUACCCGUAAUAUCAAAGUAAAACACGUUUUUGUAGACCAAUUGAAAAUCGUCUAACUAACUGUGCAAAUUCAUGGGUUAAAUGAUUUAACGACGUAGCCAGAAUUCUGAGUGGUUUUGUGAUUCUAUUUGGUGCUGAAAUGAAACUUUCUGCUGGCACGAGGUUCUUCCCGAAAUGUGGCGGCCAUGUUGGUGUGGGCUAAUAUGGAGGACUCGAAGGAAAGGAGGACAAUGAAAUCUACUCAUCAUGACGUCACUGGCGUUUGACGUUAUCGUCGGCCACUCGCAGUCCAUCAUUGAGAGUCGGUGAAUCGAAGGGAUGAUCGGAUAACGAAACCAAGAAAAAACUCGCAUCCAGCCGCUGCUCUUUUCUUCGUACAGAAAGCGGGCGAUGUCACGGUGGAUAUCGGUGGUUACAAAUCACUUCCCAUUCAAAGGGAAGAAUCGUCUAAAGAGCCGCGGAAUGGCUCUUUGAUUGCCGUGCAGCCACAAAGGAAAGAAAACAAAAGAAGGACAGAGAGAAGCGAAAGGAAAAGAUAAACGUCUCUCUACGAUGUUCUUCUGGCCGUGAUGAUGUCCGGCAAGUGAAUCUGCGCUUUGUCAGAGGCAACUGGGAUAUACAUCGUGUAACAAGCGAGACGUUUUCCAUCGAAAUGAGCCAAUCUUAAAGGCUUCAACCAAGAAGCAAAUCGAAACCUGACAACGUUUUCGAUCCGGUGCUACGUACACGUUAGAGGAACUCGUUUGAUUUGUGCAGUGCGUUCGCUUUGCUGUGUGUGUGUGUGGGUGUGUUGUAGACGUAAUCGAGAGGAAGGAAAGGAACCCAAAAGAAGAAUAAAAACAGUUGGAAUUUUAGUCUGGGCGAAUAAAGAAAAAGAAAAGAAAAAACCAGGAGAGAGGAAGGGCAGUCGAUACAUCAGGAAUCGUUUAAAGCUGAUGCCCAUCAAGAGCCGGCCGAGUGAUCUGCAGGUGGUGACGUCGCCGUAUUCCGUAUUCAGCACGAUGGACGCGGAAAAUCGGGUGGUGCUCAACUGCGGUGGCAUUCGCCACGAAACGUACAAGGCCACGCUGAAGAAGAUUCCGGCCACGAGGCUCUCUCGGCUCACGGAAGCCCUCGCCAACUACGACCCCAUUCUCAACGAGUAUUUCUUCGACAGACAUCCAGGCGUCUUUGCCCAAGUUCUCAACUAUUACAGAACGGGCAAGUUACACUACCCGACUGACGUCUGCGGUCCCCUAUUCGAAGAGGAAUUGGAAUUCUGGGGAUUGGAUUCCAAUCAAGUGGAACCCUGCUGUUGGAUGACCUACACUUCGCAUCGGGACACGCAAGAAACGUUGGCCGUGCUCGAUCGGCUCGACUUGGACACGGACAAACCGAGCGACGAGGAACUGGCUCGCAAAUUCGGAUUUGAAGAGGCUUACUACAAUGGCGAGCUCUCCUGGUGGCAAAAGACGAAGCCGAAAAUUUGGUCCCUCUUCGACGAGCCUUACUCGUCCAAUUCAGCCAAGAUUGUGGGUUUGAUUUCCGUGUUUUUCAUUUGCAUCUCGAUCUUGUCGUUCUGCUUGAAAACGCACCCGGACAUGCGGGUGCCUGUGAUCCGCAACGUGACGGUGCACACGUCGUUCAAUUCGACGGCGUGGACGUUGGACAAGACGCAGACGAACGCUCACGAGGCUUUCUUUUACAUCGAAGCCGUUUGCAACACGUGGUUCACCAUCGAGAUCCUGAUGCGCUUCAUCGCCUGCCCCAACAAGUUCCUUUUCGUCCGCGCGUCCGUCAACAUCAUCGACUACGUUGCCACCUUGUCGUUCUUCAUCGAUUUGGCUCUGCAGAAAUUCGCGUCGCACCUGGAGAACGCCGACAUUCUCGAAUUCUUCUCCAUCAUCCGCAUCAUGAGGCUCUUCAAGUUGACUCGACACUCGUCCGGCCUCAAGAUCCUCAUUCAGACGUUUAGAGCGUCGGCCAAAGAGUUGACGCUGCUCGUCUUUUUCCUGGUGCUGGGCAUCGUCAUCUUCGCCAGCCUCGUCUACUACGCCGAGAGGAUCCAGGCCAAUCCGCACAACGACUUCAACAGCAUCCCGUUGGGAUUGUGGUGGGCCCUGGUCACCAUGACAACCGUCGGCUACGGCGACAUGGCCCCCAAAACCUAUGUCGGCAUGUUCGUCGGCGCCCUGUGCGCUCUGGCCGGCGUGUUAACCAUUGCCUUGCCCGUACCUGUCAUCGUCUCCAACUUUGCCAUGUACUACAGCCACACCCAGGCGAGAGCGAAAUUACCGAAGAAAAGGAGACGGGUACUGCCGGUGGAACAUGCCAGUGGCCCUCGAGGUCCUCAGUUGGCCAUCAGACCGGGCGCUCCCGGCGCACCUGGUAGCGGCGGACCGCGAGGUGCAGUCAGCGGAGGUCCAGGUAAUCUGCGCGACAGCGACGGCAUGCCUUCCCGCAUGAAAGCCAUCAAGCCGCCGCCCACCAUUGCCAACAACGCCAAAGAGUUUGCCGGCGGUCCCAAAAAUAUGGUUGGAUUGACCACCGUGGGCGCCAUGAGCGUCACCGUUAGCCUCAACACGAACGGCGUCGGAUUGGAUUCAACCCUGUCGGCGGUCGCAGCUCCUGCCAGCGGACCCGUGCCCAUCACCAACGGAUCAUCGCCGACCAAUAAUCAGACGACCAUCGGCGCUGUGACAUCUUCUCCGGCUACAGUCGGAACGGCUCCGGCAGCCGCGGCGGCCGCCGCCGCCAUUACCAGCGCUAAUAACGCCGUAAACAAUGUAGGGGUAGUGCUCAGUCCCGUCAGAGUCGAGUUGUGAAAUCAACGUUAUUAUUUUUUUUUAUUAUUAUCAUUAUCUUUUUUUUUAGAUGAAUAAUUAAAAACGAAACGGUGAAUCAAGAGAAAGAUAAAAAAUUUGCAUCGUUCGUCCAUCCCGUCAAUGUUGGUCGAAGAUUGAAGUUGUGUAUAAAAGAGCUUGUUAUGUAUUCUAAUUAAUUCUUUAAUUAAUCCUCUUUUUAGCUUUCGUCUCAUAAAGAACGUAAAAAAACGAAGUUAACUACCACGCAGAGAUGGGAUGAAAUGAAUUUUGCGCAUUUCAACCAUGUUAAUUCACGUUGAAAGGGAAACUCUUUCGGUCCAUAUCGUUGUGUGCACUCGCAUCGUUGCAAACAUUGAUUUCCGUUUCUCGUAUUAUCCCCGACGAACUCUUGUCAAACCCCACCCAACAAAAUACCGAUGAUCUCCGCCCGCCGCGUACGGUAUGUUCACACACAAAAACAACAGAUGACAAAUUGUGUUGCUUUCUUCUCUUUCUUGCGCCAUUGACAGCUCCCCGUUUUUUUUUUUAGAGGCAUUGCAGUACGCGAAAAGAAUGGCAGUUCACAUAAAACUGUCUCCUCCAUCCUGUUCAAGAAUUAAACUUUACGGCAUUCGCUUCAGUGCAGCUCUUUGUACUUUCAUUUGUCCGUCUUUCAUCGCAGUCCCCCACUUGAAUUCACACAACCACCAUUGCUGCUGUUGCCACUUUGACGAUCUAUAUAAUAUGCUCGUGUAUACAUAAAAAUUUAUAUAUACCGUUAUCGUGACUUAUUUGAACUUAGCAUGUUUUUUUGUUUUUUUGUUUAUCGGUUCGUUGAUCCAUUGCUCCCCUUUCUCCCUCGUUCGUCAUGAUAACAUUUUCACUUUGCAAACUUUUGAUUCUUUUUUUCUUCUUUCUAAUAAAACGAAAAUUCUAUGAUA